GCAGGUAUUACUGGUGACAACAGCAUCCAAAAACACAUCAUGAGCUCCACAGAUCGACUACACCGAGGAGUAAGACGGAAAGACUCGAGACCGUUUGCUUGUGAAGGAUCAUCUCGAGAUUUUGUCUAUAAAAGAGAGCCAUCAUCACGACAUUGAGACACCUUUUCUCAUCAUCCUCACCAUCAAGCCUUCAGACAAGCCAUCUACUCAAGACAAAUCUUCACUUUCCAACCAACCAACCAAAACCAUCAAAAUGCAGCUCUCCACCCUCCUCGUCGCCGCCCUCGCUGGCACCUCCUCCGCCUACACCCUCUCCGUCUACAGCGCCGACAACUACCAGGGCACCCAGAAGAGCUACUCUUCCGCCGGCUCCCGCAGCGUCGGCUUCACUGUCAAGUCCUGGAUCUGGGAGUCCCAGCUCGGUGAUGGCUGCUGCGUGAACUUCUGCAAGGGCUCCACCUCUCAGGGCCGCUACUGCGGCAGCGCCCGCAAGGCCGUCUCCUCUGCUGGUGUCAACAAGGUCGUCACUGGCUGCGGCAACGCUGUUCUCAACUGCUAAAUGCAGUUGCAUGUGAGAAUGAAGGAAGGAUGUGAUAGGCCAAAUGUACUGCAGAUGGAAGAUAUAGAGGAGGAUCUUAGCUAUCACCUUGUCGACUGUGGGAUAAAUUGAAUAUCUUGAUGUUCAACUUUUGCUCUCUUUUUGUGA